CUCCCCCUUAAAAUGGCAGUUCGUGUCGAGGCUACUACAAGCACACUUGUCGUCUCCCUCCCUCAGCAAAUCUCUGUUUUCAGCAAUCGCCUAUUAUAUUAGGUAAAGCUAGAAAGGGUUGUUUUUUGGACUGAAGUAGAAGAAGUGAUUCCUAGUGAAACAGAAAAAAAGCAUGGGUACUCAUAUCAAUUUCGACAACUUAGGAGGUGAUUCUUCUGGAGGGAAUGGGUGUAAUACUAACCAGUCAAAGCCAUUGGCGAGGCAGUCUUCUUUAUAUUCCUUAACCUUUGAUGAGCUUCAGAGCACCCUAGGUGAGCCAGGGAAAGAUUUUGGGUCAAUGAAUAUGGAUGAGCUUCUGAAGAACAUAUGGUCUGCUGAAGAAACUCAAGCCUUUAUGACUACUCCAUCUUCGGUUGCAGCCUCGGGACCUAGUGGUUACGUUCCAGGAGGGAAUGGUCUACAGAGACAAGGCUCGUUGACUUUGCCUAGAACACUUAGUCAGAAGACUGUAGAUGAGGUCUGGAAACACUUGAAUUCCAAAGAUGGUGAUAAUGGGAAUAAUAGGACGGAUUUGCCCGAGAGGCAACAGACUUUAGGGGAAAUGACUCUAGAGGAUUUCUUGCUCCGCGCUGGCGUUGUGAAAGAAGAUAAUAACUCUACUCAACAGAAAGAUAACAGUAGUGGGUUUUAUGCUAACAAUGGCGCUGCUGGUUUGGGGUUUGGAUUUGGACAGCUGAAUCAAAACAGCAUAUCGUUCAACAGCAACAAUAGUUCUAUGCACUUGAACCAAGCACCUGGUUUAGGUCUCGAAGUGGGUGGAACAAUGCAGCAACCACAUCAGCGACAGCAACAGCAGCCACAUCAGAGAUUGCGUCCAACUAUUUUUCCAAAACAAGCAAAUGUAACAUUUGCGCCUGUAAAUAUGGUCAACAGAGGUUUAGAUGGUCCGGUUAACAGUAAUAUCGGAGGAGGAGGGGUUACUGUUGCAGCUACCUCUCCCGGGACAAGCAGUGCAGAAAACAAUACUUGGUCAUCGCCAGUUCCUUAUGUGUUUGGUCGAGGAAGAAGAAGCAAUACGGGCCUGGAGAAGGUUGUUGAGAGAAGGCAAAAGAGAAUGAUCAAGAAUCGCGAAUCAGCCGCUAGAUCAAGGGCUCGAAAGCAGGCUUAUACCUUGGAACUGGAAGCCGAGAUUGAAAGUCUCAAGCAACUGAAUCAAGAUUUGCAGAAGAAACAGACUGAAAUUAUGAAAACCCAAAACAGUGAGCUGAAAGAAUCGGUGAAGCAGCCUCCAUGGCUGGCCAAAACACAAUGCUUGAGAAGAACCCUUACUGGUCCAUGGUAAGAAGGUGAAAAGUAAAAGCAAGAAGACCCUGGUAAUGUAAUAUUACAUUACUCGAAAGGAAGACGUUGGGAGACUAAUAUGUAAUAGACGAUAGUGCUACUGUACAGGAGAGAUUACAGAGACACUUACAAUGUAGAAAUCUUUUGAGCUGAAUCUAACUAAGAGUGCAGAGUAUGAGAGCUUUUAAUAUGAAUUCAUAAUUUUUAUAAAUA